UGACCGUAUUUUUUUAGGUCCGAGAACAUCAACUGGGGAAGACGUGGCCGAAUUCUAUGUGCACGGUAGUCGAGCGGUUGUUGAUUGUUUAUCGGAUGCAUUGUCGCAAUUCAGCAAUGUGAGGCAUGCAAAGGCCGGCGAAUUUACAAAAAGGGCAUUUUACAACGGCAAACUGACGCUGAGCGAAGUACAAUCACUUUCACAUCUGCUGGCUGCGCAAACACAGCGCCAACGACGUCUGGCACUACGCAGCAAUACGUUAGGCAAAGUAAUGGAAAAAGUGAGGAAUCAACUUGUCGAAGUUCGCGCAUCAAUUGAAGCAUCCAUCGAUUUCGGGGAUGAUGUUGACUUUGACUGGGCGGGAAUUCGUUCCGCAAUCAGUGCUGUGAUAGAGAAACUCAAAAACAUCCAGCAGCGAGUUCACCGAGGGACAGUGAUCACUGAUGGAGUUCAGAUUGUUAUCCUUGGCGAGACGAAUGUCGGCAAAAGCAGCUUAUUCAAUCGCAUCGUGGACAGAGAGAUGGCGAUCGUUUCGAACAUUGAGGGUACCACUCGAGACUCGCUGGAAGCAACGCUUCAAAUUUCCUCCAUACCAGUAACCAUCACUGAUACUGCUGGUAUGCGUUCUUCGCCUCUCGAUAUUCUUGAAGCUGAAGGUAUUCGCAGAACACUAAAAAGGGCGAAAGAGGCAGAUAUCCUGCUUGUUGUAAUGGACAGCAGUUUAUGCAAGGAUAUUGAUGCGGAAGCCUGCUCCCUACUAUCCGAUCUCGAACUUCGUGAAGAUGUACGCAUUGUUAUCGUUUGUAAUAAAUGUGACUUGCGAAAUGUACAACAUUCAUUGGACAGCACAUCGUGGCCUAUUGUUCACGUUUCAUGUAUUACCGGUGCAGGGGUCGAAUCUUUGUUCGAUGUGAUUCGUCAGCAAAUAGAUGAAUUAUGCCCCGUAUCGGAUGAUAACGCACUUCUCAGUCGUCAAAGGCAUCGCCUGUUGAUCGAGGAGGCGCUCAUUGCACUCGAACAGACAGCGAAGGUGAACGAUGCGGCGGUAAUUGCCGAAUUGCUGCGUGAUGCGACCGAUGCAGUUGGCGAAGUGUCAGGGGCGGUUGUUACCGAACAAAUUCUCGACCAGAUUUUUUCUUCAUUUUGUAUCGGAAAAUAA